AUGAAGUUACAAGAUGAUACAGCGUGCAUUGCGACACCUGGGUUUGCUGGGUUUGUUCCGUCAAUGAAAUAUCAGUUUGGUCUUACAUACGGCAAUGCAACAAGACACAUUCUGCACACUGACCCAUCGCUCAAAAAAGGCUCUAUUCAGCAAGAUUAUGCUCGACGCGUUCGGGCAGCAAAGGCAGGUACAGCCAUAUCAUCACCACAAGAUUCGCAACAUAUGCAUGCUGCAGGUGAAGACACAGAUACGCAUAUUUGGAAAGGACGUAAUAAGUACGCUACAGGGGAUGAUCGGUUUUCGUUUCCACCUGUUCCUGGAUAUACAGGAUAUAUUCCACGAUCCCAAGAGUAUUUUGGAAAGCCAUAUGUUGAGACAACAAAUGCAUCACUUGCCAAUUUCCAACGGAUGCUCAAAUCUAAAAACCAGCUUCCACCUCGUAUAUUGAAUAUUAAAGCAGAUCGGGAGCGAAUGCAAAAAAUACAAUCAUCUAAAAUAGGUCCCAUCAAAGAAACGCUAGGCACUUUAAAACCUCCCGCGUGGAACAUGGGGAUUUCCAACUCGAGUAGCUACCAAAACACUCAUACCGAAGAUAUGAGUCCAUACAGGCUUCCUGUGAAUCAUCCCCAAAAGACUUUUAUUAGUGGGUACACUGGAUUUGUUCCAAGGCUACAGAAUCAUUUUGGAAAGUCAUAUUCCCAUAGUGUUCGCAGUGCCAUUGAUGAAUUCACCUACCAUCCAGAAAAAAAAAGUCCGUACGCUGCUCCAAACCAAUAG